AUGAUCAUGCAUCAUGCUUUAACUGUAGCAAGUGAUCAACCGAAACUUAUGAAAGUUAUUGCAAGGUGUAGCCUUUUAUCAAGUCUUUGGCAAAUAUUUAUACACUGUUAUAUACGUAGUCUGCGGAUAGUAGCACCUGUGGACUGUGCAGCGAUUACAGCUGUACUACCUUGUUUUAUUUACUUAUUAUCAUGGAUUAUUGUACAUAGACGAUUUUGUGCUUUACGAGUGAUUGCAUUUAUCAUGGCUUCCAGUGGUGUAAUCCUCAAUAUAUACAGUGAUCAAAUAGUUAUGUGGUACAAGUGUCUAACAAGUCUGGCUAUAAUCACCUUUUCACUAUUUACAGUAAUUCUGAAACGGAUCAGUAAUAAACCGUCUUUUGGACAAAUGGCUUGUUUCUACUUUGCUUUGGGUUUAUUCAAUAUUUUGGUUACUUGGCCAAUUUUUGUAUUCACUUCAAUCUUGACUUCAACAGAAAUCAUCACCUGGAAGUAUUUACCAUGGGAGUAUUUCAUUGGUAUUGGAGUUUCAUAUUUAAGUAUUACAAUUUCUAUAGAUCUAAGUAGCCGUAAAUCAAAGCGAGUGAUACGAGCUUUUCAACCGCUUUGUGCAUUAUCAAUUUGUAUUGCUUAUGAAUUAUUUUGGACAAAACAAAAGUUUAUUAUGUCCUCUGUGCAAAUUUCAAGUUUAGUACUCAUUACUAUUGCUUGCCUGUUGAAUGCUUUUCCAACGAGUUGGCAAAAGCAUAUUGCAAAACUUCUUAGAAAGAAUCGUUCACCAAAAUCUCAACCAACCACCAGUAAACGUUCAAUUACUUUAGCUCAGAGGAGUAAAACCUCUGUGGUUAUGCAAUCCACUGGAAGUACACCAGUAUCUAGUAUACAACGAACAUCUUUAGUUCCAGCAGGUUCUACAACAAUGCAAACUGGUGUUCAUAACACUGCCGUAUCGACUACAAGUAUGCGACCGUUAAGUGCUGAGUCAAUCCAACGUGGAAGUAUUAUUCAUCUCAUAAAAGGGAAAAGUUGA